AUGUCUCCUUCGCUUCCCUCUUUGCUUGGGCUACCGUCCUUCGACACUACCCUUGGUGCAGUGCUCCUUGGCUUGGUAGUGGGAAUUAUGCUUUACGGUAUAACUGUUUAUCAAGCGUACAAGUACUACACCGUGUACGCCGACGAUGGGAUUCGCUUGAAGCUUUACAUUACCGUCGUCUUGCUCUUCGAAACCUUUCAUAGUGCCCUAUGGACCAUCGUGUGCUAUCAUUAUCUUGUGACCGACGCAUUCGACCUCCUCGGCCUCAUAUAUGCCGAAUGGUCAUUAAAGCUGACAAUUUUGAUAACGGGGCUUACUGUCUUCAUCUCUCAAGCGUUCUACGCGCACCGCGUGUACUACCUUGGACACCGCUACUAUCGAUGGCUCGCGAUCCCGGUGGUAGUGUCAAUGGUGACAAGCCUGGGUGCUCCGCUAUCGUUGACAUGCCUAAUCCUUCCGAAGUGGUUGAUUUCAAUCGGAUACGGGUUUGCCGUGGCGAGCGACAUCAUGCUCACCGGCGCACUGGUGUUCGUGCUCCAUCGCAGCCGCACUGGUUUGAAGAGGUCUGACUCUAUCCUCGACACCCUCAUCAAGUACACUAUCAAUACGGGUAUGCACCACUCCUGCCCUACUCCGUAUUUUUACCAGCUCACGGUGCUGACCCCACCGCGCAUUCCAGGGCUUUUGACGAGCAUCUUCAGCGUCCUCGCUUUCAUCUUCGGGAUUAUCCUCCCCGGGAACCUCGUGUACGUCGGCGUGAGCAUCGUCGGAACCAAAUUGUAUGCGAACUCGGUCCUCGCCGUGGUGAACUCGCGCAAGUCUAUUGGGAACAAGUUCCUGGAUGACUUUACGACCCAAGACCAGGGCUCAUCCUCGCAGAGCAGCGCCGACGUUGAGUCCAUGGUCUGGAACGUACACCAGCCUACUACCGGGUGUGCGACAGAAUCCAUGAGCACAAAUCGAAGCGCAAGCUUUGUAGCGAGCGCUGCCGAGGCGGAGAAGCCCGAGGGUCGAGAGGGGAGACAGCCGAACCUCACAGUGACUGUGUAA